GUGGGCAGUUUUUGUUUAUCGGAGGCAGAUGCUGGAUCAGAUGCCUUUGCCAUGCGUGGAGCAGCAGUAAAACAAGGAGAUUACUACAUCCUUAACGGAACAAAAAUCUGGAUCACCAAUGCUGAACAUGCAGGGGUUUUCUUAGUCAUGGUCAAUGCUAACCCAACAGCUGGUUACAAAGGAAUCACCACUUUCCUAGUGGACAGAGACACAGAGGGGCUGAGCAUCGGGAAGAAGGAGGACAAACUCGGAAUCCGGGCAUCAAGCACCUGUCCUGUACAUCUAGACAAUGUCAAGGUUCCUGCAAGUAAUAUUCUUGGAGAGUUUGGCAUGGGGUACAGAUAUGCCAUAGAAAUGUUAAAUGAAGGAAGGAUUGGGAUUGCCUCUCAGAUGCUGGGCUUGGCAGAGGGUUGUUUUAAUGCUACAGUUCCUUACACAAUGGAAAGAAAACAGUUCGGAAAAAGAGUAUUUGAUUUUCAGGGUAUGCGUCAUCAGAUAGCUCAUGUGGCGACACAGAUUGAGGCCUGUAGAUCACUUGUUUAUAAUGCUGCCAGGAAGAAAGAGGCGGGACAACCAUUCCUUAAGGAGGCUGCUAUGGCAAAAUUAUAUGCAUCUGAGUUGGCCACUCUAACAACAUCUAAGUGCAUUGAGUGGAUGGGAGGGGUGGGCUUUACAAAGGAUUAUCCUAUAGAAAAGUAUUACAGGGAUUGCAAAGUGGGAACCAUCUAUGAAGGGACAUCAAACAUUCAGUUGAACACAAUUGCCAAAUGUCUGGAAGCUGAGGGGUUUUCAGGAAACUGAAAAAACACAAAAACAUGAU